AUGGGUUGCGUCCAGUCCAGCGCCGUCGACGAGGAGGCCAAGGCCCGCAACGACGAGAUUGAGAACCAGCUGAAGCGGGACCGGAUGAUGGCGAAGAACGAGAUCAAGAUGUUGUUGCUCGGUGCCGGCGAGUCUGGCAAGUCUACCGUGCUCAAGCAGAUGAAGCUCAUCCACCACGGCGGGUACAACGAGCAGGAACGUGACUCGUACAAGGAAAUCAUCUACUCGAACACGAUCCAGUCCAUGCGCGCCAUCCUCGACGCCUUGCCCCUGCUCGAGCUCCAACUCGCGCCCCAGAACGACGCCCGCCGCUCCGUCAUUCUCUCGCUCCCCGGCCAGAUCGAGGCCGACGUGCUCCCCAAUGACGUCGCCGACGCCAUCCGCGCGCUCUGGCGCGACCCGGCCAUCAAGGAGGCCGUCAGGAGGAGCCGCGAGUUCCAGCUGAACGACUCGGCCGUCUACUACUUCAACUCCAUCGACCGCAUGGCAAACCCCGGCUACAUGCCCACCGACCAGGACAUCCUCCGCUCCCGUGUCAAGACGACGGGUAUCACCGAGACGACAUUCAAGGUCGGCGAGCUCACCUACAAGCUCUUCGAUGUCGGUGGCCAGCGUUCGGAGCGCAAGAAGUGGAUUCACUGCUUCGAGAACGUCACCGCGCUCGUCUUUCUUGUCUCGCUUUCCGAGUACGACCAGAUGCUUUACGAGGACGAGUCCGUCAACCGUAUGCAAGAAGCGCUCACCCUCUUCGACUCCAUCUGCAACUCAAGGUGGUUCGUCAAGACGUCGAUCAUCCUCUUCCUCAACAAGAUCGACCUGUUCGCAGAGAAGCUCCCGCGCUCGCCGCUCGGCGACUACUUCCCCGACUACAACGGCGGCGACGACUACGACGCCGCGUGCAACUACCUCCUCAACCGGUUCGUCUCGCUCAACCAGAGCGCGGCGACAAAACAGAUCUACGCGCACUAUACCUGCGCAACGGACACGCAGCAGAUCAAGUUCGUCCUCAGCGCUAUCCAGGAUAUCCUCCUGCAGAUCCACCUGCGCGAGUGCGGCUUGCUCUAG